AUGUUUCUUGUACUUAAUGAACUCAAGAAUGUAGGUGAAGACAGACUCGCAAACUUCAACGCUUUGAAAUCAAUUAUUACGGAUAAUGAGAUUAGAAUUAAUGAAAAGAAUCAACCCAGAAGAACUGCUCAGAACGUUGCAAACUUCAUUUUCGUAACUAAUAACGUUUACCCUGUCAAAAUUGAAGUUGGAGACAGAAGAUAUGUGGUUUUAAGGGUUAAUGGUAAAUUUAAGGGUCAAUUUGAUUACUUCAAGAAUUUAAUGGAUUCAUGCACAAAGGAAUUUUAUGAUAAUUUACUGACGUAUUUUAUGCAAUAUGACCUUUCAUCAUUUAAUGUACGAAUCAUUCCGAUGACUGAAGCCAAACAAGAUUUAAUUGAAUUAUCAACAAAUCCUUUAGAUGUAUGGAUAAAUACACAUUAUGAUGAAUUGAAUGCAGGUAUGACAUGUAAAAAUGCUCUAUUCUGCAAACCAUCAGACAUGAAAGACAAAAACUUUCAAAUGAGUAUUAAGGAUAAAUGUGAUAGGAAACAGAUAAGAAUAGAUGGUAAACAAACAUGGUGUUAUGUUUUGAAAGAAGAAAUGAAAGGAUUAUAUAAACAGGUUGAACUAAACGAUAAUGAGGAUUCAUUUACUGACGAUGAAAUACCUGUAAAUGAUGCUUUAUAA